AAUCACUCAAGUGGAUGAGACUGGAUAGAUCAGGAAGUUAUUACACAGGUGUAUCGCAGCAUCUCAAAGCUUCAUUUGAAAUAGCUUUUAUGAUAGCAAAGCAAAGGAAACCUCAUACUAUCGGUGAAGAAUUAAUAAAACCAUGUGUCCUAAAAGCCACCCAGAUAAUUUGGGAGAAGGUGCAGAGCAAAAAAUGA